UUGGCCCCUCUUUCUGAUUAUAGUGCUCAGUCCCCUCCUUAACCAACCCUGUUUUUCCUUCAUUAUAUAUAUAUAUAUAUACAGACACACAUAAUAUUCAUAUAAGAAUCUUAAACCCCAUUGUUCCUUAAAUUUUUCUCUUGUUUUCUGUAUUUAUGGGUGGAAACUGCAACAUGAGCAACAAGGUGACCAAAGAAAGCAAGCUAAGCAGAUACUUAAAAGCACCCAUCAGGUUCCUAAUCAAGGCCAGGGAAGUAUACAUCAAAAGUAUGUCUGAAUACUCCGAAAGGAUCGGCUUCGGCACCACCAUGGGUUGCCCUACCGGCCAAGUUAAUGCUUUACCGAGGAGUUAUAGUGUUGGCUCAACGAAAUCCAUCAACGCUGAUGAAGACUUGAGGGAACUUAUAAGAGCUGCUUCCAUCAGGAGUUCACGAAACAAGGCUCGGUUGGACCUUCAUCGGAGACAACCAGCGAGGACCGGAGCGAACCGUAUGCCUAGAAGUCACAGCGUUGUGAUUGGGAGGAUCGAUGAAGACAAGCCUUGUGAGUUUGGUGAUGAUGAUGAACAAGGUGUGUUGCCAAGGACUAGGAGCUAUGCUGUUACAAAGAAAAAAGCUGUUUUUUUCUAAGAAAUUUGCAUGUUGGUUUUUUAGUUUUAAUUGAAUGUAUAUGUUUGUAAUAUUUGAUGCUAAAUUGUGCUUGGUAUUGCGAACGAGUUAUUGUUUCAAUCGAGGAUUUGACAACUUUGAUAUCUUCAAA